AGAGGUCAGUGAUACAAGUACUGACGCCCCCACUACUACAUCACAAGUAAUGACAACAACCAUUCAAUCAGAAACAUCAAAUACAGCCACCACAACAGCAAGUACAACAACAUCGGGAGGACAAUCAACAGUGGAAACGUCAACAUCAUCAGAAACAACAACAACAGCAGCAGCAACAACAACUGCACCAGGAACAACAAUAACAGCAGAAUUAACAACAAUACCUGCUGCAACUACUACAACACCUGCAACAAUAACAGCAGAAUUAACAACAACACCUGCUGCAACUACAACAACACCUGCAACAAUAACAGCAGAAUUAACAACAACACCUGCUGCAACUACAACAACACCUGCAACAAUAACAGCAGAAUUAACAACAACACCUGCUGCAACUACAACAACACCUGCAACAAUAACAGCAGAAUUAACAACACCACCUGCUGCAACUACAACAACACCUGCAACAAUAACAGCAGAAUUAACAACAACACCUGCUGCAACUACAACAGCAGGAUCAGAAACAACAACAGCAUCCGGAACAACAACAUCCGCUGGUAAUACAAUAGCGGCAACUGGAAUUACAUCAACAGCUGCAGAAACAACAUCAACAGCGGUCGAAACAUCAACAACAGCAGCGGGAACGACGACAUCAGCUGCAGAAAUGAUAACCACAGCAGCGGGAAUAACAACCACAGCAGCAGGAACGACAACAAUAGCAGCAGGAACGACAACAAUAGCAGCAGGAAUGACAACAACAGCAGCUGGAACGACAACGACAACAGUAGCAGCAGAAACAACAACCACAGCAGCAGGAAUGACAACAACAACAGCAGCGGAAACGACAACAACAGCAGCAGGAAUGACAACAACAACAUCAGGAAUGACAACCACAGCAACAGGAUCAACAACAACAGCAGCAGCGGGAACAACAACAACAACAGCAGCGGAAACAACAACAGCAGCAGGAUUAACAACAACAGCAACAACAGCAGCAGGAACGCCAACAACAGUAGCAGGAAUGACAACCACAGCAACAGGAUCAACAACAACAGCAGCAGCGGGAACGACAACAAUAGCAGCAGCGGGAACGACAACAACAGCAGCAGCAGGAACAACAACAACAACAGCAGGAUCAACAACAACAGCAGUAGGAAUGACAACAACAGUAGCAGCGGGAACGACAACAGCAGCAGCGGCGGAAACAACAACAACAGCAGCAGGAAUGACAACAACAACAUUAGGAAUGACAACCACAGUAGCAGGAUCAACAACAACAUUAGCAGCGGGAAUGACAACAACAGCAGCAGCAGCAGGAUCAACAACAGCAGCAGCGGGAACAACAACAACAGCAGCAGCAACAGAAACUACAACAGCCCCUGCUGCAUCUACAACAACACCUGCUGGAACUACAACAACACCUGCUGGAACUACAACAACACCUGCUGCAACUACAACAACACCUGCUGGAACUACAACAACACCUGCUGCAACUACAACAACACCUGCGGCAUCUACAACAACAACACCACUAAUACAAACAACAACAACCACCCCGGUGAAAACCACCACCGUGGACAGAUGUGUCGGCAUCUCUUGUCAGAAUGGAGGAAACUGUUCGAGCACACCAACUACCUACGUGUGUCAGUGUACAGCGGACUACACUGGGGACACCUGUCAGUAUGCUGUAGCACGGUACUCUGAGUGGACAGCGUGGGGCAAUUGUGACCAAGACUGUAAAGGCGGUGUUAAAACCAGAAACCGGACUUGCUCAGACGUCACUGGUGCAGAUCGAGGAUCAGACUGUGGGACAGAGCUACAGGAAAAAGUGGAGUGUGAGAAUCUACCCGACUGUGUCGUAACGACAGAUCCCUGCCAAUCAUCCAUCAACCCGUGCUUGUCUGACGGGGUCGCCCACACUUGUCUGGUUCAAAGUGAUGGUUCGUUUCGUUGUCUGUGUAUGGAGGGUUUCACCAACGACAAUAACAACGUCUACUGUGUUAAUGAAAAUGAAUGUAGUAGAACCAUCAAUGACUGUAAAGAUGUCAACACUAGGAACUUCAAAGUGGGCGUGUCUGGCUGUAGGGAUAGCGUUGGGAAUUACUCCUGCACAUGUAGUAGUGGGUUUACCCAUGACAGCGAUACAAGGACGUGCACAGACGUCAAUGAAUGCAGCAGCACUGAUACACACAACUGUGACAUCACAGAAAGAGCCACCUGUACCAACACGCCUGGGAGUUUUACAUGUGCCUGUAAAUCCGGGUACCAGGGGGUGGGUACCACGGGAACGUGUAAAGAAAACCGAUUAAUAUCCCACACCGGAAACACAAAACUGACCUCCUCUGCGGAUUACUCUUCCUACUUUUUCCCAAAGUACGCCAUUCCAUUCGGAAAUCAUCUGUACCCGUCAUUUUACUUUACAAAGAACGGAUUACUGCUGUUUACGACAAUCACAAGUGAUACUGUUAGUGUUGGACAACGGAAGUCGUUCACAAAUCCGUCCGUAUUCUCCAUUGAUUCGUCGUUUCAAGAAAAAGCGGCCUUCGCCCCCUGGUGGUCGAACAUGGCCAUUAGUUCCGGGGCCAGUGCAGACAAUGGCGUAUACUACAAGGAAUACUCGCCGGAUGUGACGUCAGAAAAUACCGUCAUGGUAUCCAGUGCGACAGAAAUUGCCGGAUUCUUCAGCGUCACCCAAUUUACUCCAAAAUAUAUGAUCCUGAUCACGUGGUACAAGAUGGAACAAAACAAAAGUCCAGCCACUCCUUCUGAAACCGUGACGUUCCAGUUGAUCCUGAUCACGGACUUCCUGCAUACCUUUGUAAAGGUGACUUACGAAGAUCGCGAGAUGAAGUGGGAAGUACUGGACUCUGUAGGAAACUACCCUGUCAGGAUUGGGUCCCUGAAACAAGGAGGGACAGCCACUGAAUACGCCCAGUCCUACCUCAACCUGCUGACGAGUGCGAGCGACAAACCCAAGAUACAGAAGAUUGACGAGGUCGUUGUCACAUCACCUGCAAGUAAGGGUCGCUCAUUCUAUCGCCUAUCAGAAACCUCACCAAUCGCACAUCCGGGUCUUCAGUGUUCUUCAUGGAUAGCUUCUGACGUCAGCAACACCACAAAUCCCGUGGUGACGUCAGAGGUGACAAAGUGUCCACCCUCUUUGCUACAGAGGACUGACUCUCUGGUGCAGUUUACGGAUGCUGGAAUUCCUAAUGCUACGAUGACGUGCUACGCUGAUAGAAGUGCAAUGUCGAGUACAUCCGGUGAUCCACGUACCAAACGAUGUUGCUAUGACAACACCAAUAAUGGGCUUAUUCUAGACCACGUGUUAACAAACGGAUUUAACACUUAUAGGCGGCACUCUGGACAGAAGCAGACAGACGCUGACAACAUGUACGGGCAGUGCUGUGACGCGGAUAAAACGUACGCCUCUAAGGACAACCUUUGUCAAAGUUUUUUGGAGCGUCGUCCCGUCUGUACCGCCGAUGACUUUGUCGCUAGUGGAGCUGGUGGCGCCCUCGGUGACCCCCAUCUCACAACAUUAGAUGGCCUGUCCUUCACUUUUAACGGCCAUGGAGAGUUCAUUCUGCUAAAUACCACAGACGUGGAAAUUCAAGGACGAUUCUCGCCGCUGUUAAACAAAGCUAACGUGACAAGCGCCACCUACAUCAGCUCCAUUGCUGGAAAACAGACAAACCCCAAUAGCGACAAGGUGGAAAUUCGUUUAAACGCGGCAAAAACGGACGCAGAAAUAUUGCAAAAUGGCAAGGUCAAGACUGUGGACUUUACUUCCGGUGACGUAGACUAUUCGGAAGUGUCCGUCAUUAAAACAAUAGACAGUAACAACAUUCCAACGUGGAAAAUGAUCUUCAGUGGAGGACUGACGGCGGGCGUACAACUCAAGUCCGAGAUAUUCCAACUCGUCAUUGAGGCCUCGUCAAAUUACAAAGGAAACUUCCAAGGACUUCUUGGUAAUUUUAACGAUAACUCGACGGAUGACUUUAGAGCCCCGACUGGGGCACUCACAGAAUCUAACGCCAAUGAGAAUGAAAUCUACACGUACGGAAAACUCUGGCAAAACACUGCAUCCAACACGCUGUUCACAUAUGACGGAACAGGGAGUGUCAACAAUAACUGGAGUAGCCACACGGAUCCGUCUUACACCCCUGUUUUUUUCAAUUCCGAUCUUACCGUAAUGUUUUCUGAUGCUUCCAAACGCACUCAAGCUAUAAACGCGUGUAAUGGUGGAGCAUCGACGGACAGCAAUCCGGAAGUCCGCCGCGAGUGUUACUUUGACUUCAAGGUAACGGAAAACGCAGCUUUAGCCGCCUCAACAUCAGAAGCGAAAACUGCCCUGGCGGAGACACAAUCUGCUCUAGCCAACUACCCACCGGAAAUGAACAAUGGUAAUGUGACGUUAGAGGUCUCUGUCGGUCAGAAUUUCACGCUACAGCUAGAAGCCACGGACCGGAACACCGGGGACAACAUUUACUUCCUGAUAAACAACGACGCACCGGCCGGACUGUCGGUGGACAACUCAACGAAGGUCUUAACCUGGGAAAACAUCCCCGACAUUAGCACCGCCUCGAUUCAAGUCACAGUGUCAGACGGAAAGGCACAGUCGUUAUGGACGCCGAAAGUUGAGCUGUGUAAAUGUCAGAAUGGCGGUCAUUGUGACUUCAGCGUCAGCAGUAGUAAACAGUUUCUGAUCGUUCCCUGCGUCUGCGUGACCGGAUAUGCCGGGACGUAUUGUGAGAACGACGAGGACGGAUGUGCAGACAGGCCUUGCUGGCCAGGCGUCGACUGUACCGAUGUCCUAGCACGUGAUCUCAGUACCACCCCUGCGGGCUAUACAUGCGGAUCUUGUCCCACUCACCUGGACGGAAAUGGAAUUACCUGCACAGAUAAGGAUGAGUGUGUGAAGAACAGCCCUCCUCCAUGUUCCCACAACUGUACCAACAUCCCGUUCGGUUUUACCUGCUCGUGCGCUGACGGUUACGUCCUGGGGGGUGAUGCCAGAUCGUGCUCAGACAAGGACGAGUGCUUGACCAAAGCUGAUCGCUGUGACGACACAACGACCACAUGUCAGAACAGUGUGGGCGGCUACUCCUGUCCGUGCAAAACGGGAUAUGAACGGGACACGAUAUACGCUUGUACAGACAUCGACGAAUGUGCUAACUCCACCAGCCCAUGUCCUACUAACUCACGCUGCCAAAACUCCCAGGGAAGUUACACGUGCAACUGUAACUAUGGGUACCGCAAAAACACACAGACAAACACCUGUGAAGAUGUGAAUGAGUGCGCAGGCUCCAACAACUGUGCCCAGAAAUGUUUGGAUGGGGUGGGGACGUACACGUGCGACUGUAAUACUGGAUACAGACUGAAUGACACGGACAAGGUUUCCUGCAUUCCUGAGAAUGAGUGCACAACACAACAGAAGAACGAAUGUGACGGCGGAAGUGCGAGUGCGUCCUGCGCUGUGUCGAAUGGACAGGUAUACUGCACCUGUCCCUCUGGUUUCGCCUUGAAUUCCACCAAAUACUGCGUGGACAUUGAUGAAUGCAGCACCAACGCUGAUACGUGUGUUGACGCCAAGAGCACCUGCAACAACACCGAGGGGGGCUUCAAAUGUGACUGUAAGAGCGGGUACAGUCAGCUGAAUGCCUACACCUGUACAGAUAUCAACGAGUGUGCUAGCCCCUCAAGCCACAGUUGCACGUCCCCCGCCACGUGCCAGAAUAAUGAGGGCGGUUACACGUGUGUUUGUCCGUCGGGAUACAACAAAGCGCCAGAUGGCCUGUCAUGUAACAAUAUUAAUGAGUGUGCGUCAGCUGCCACGCAUGCGUGUGAUAAGGAACACGGGACAUGCACGGACGGAGACGGGGGAUACAAUUGCAAGUGUAACUCGGGAUUUACCGGGGAUGGUUUUGUCUGUGCAGAUGAAAAUGAAUGUGCCCCUGGAGGAUCCAAUCGGUGCGCGCAAACGUGCUCCAAUAACAUUGGAAGUUACACCUGCUCGUGUUUCAAUGGCUACACACUGGGGAAUGAUCAGCGUGUUUGUAAUGAUAUCGAUGAAUGCGCAGACUCCGCAGCCAAUGGUUGCUAUGAUAACAGCCAUUGUCAGAACACGGCCGGCAGUUACACGUGUUCGUGUCCGGCUGACUUCCGGUUAAAAGGAGACGGUAAAACGUGCGAAUCGAUAUACCAAUGCGCCAGUAACCAUGGCUGCAGUCACACAUGUGGAAAGAUAAAUGGUGUUGAUACCUGUUCCUGUCCGAAGGGUUACCAUGUAGACAGUACCGGUAAAAACUGUACAGAUAUUGACGAAUGUUCUAAUUCCACUUUGAACCGGUGUCAGGAGAGUAAUUUUGUGGUGUGCAGCAACACCGUGGGUUCACACGUGUGCAACUGUGUCAACAGCUCGUACGUCAAAUCGCAGGACGCUCUUUGUGUGGAUGCAGAUGAAUGUGUUCUGCGUACGGCUAACUGUCCGUCAAACUCGCAGUGUGUUAACCAAGACCCCGGAUUCCAGUGUAACUGUCUGACGGGGUACAGCAAAGCGGGCGCCCUCUGUCAGGGAUCAGGAGCACAAUGCUCGGGAGAAACUUCACAGUCACAAAACUGUAACACGGAUCUUUGUCCAGCGAAUUUAGUGGAACAAACGUACGGAGUUUUGAUACAAUACAACGGACUGCCAGUAUCAAAUUUUUCAACAACAGUUCGAGCGCAAUUCCAAACCAAGGUGGCAGAAGUGAUCAACACUUACUGUAACACGGACAAUACCAAGCUUAGACAGUGUUGUAAUAGUCAGUCCACAUACACACCUAACCCGUCCUCUCCUCUGACCUUUACGUCUGCAGAAAAGAUUGCCAUUGGAGACGGCUACCCAAGGGAGGUUAACGGAGUAACUGAGAUAAUGGUCGUAGUUAAGGCUGACAGUUCUAACGCCCUCUGCUCGGCCACGCCAUCCACCAAAAAGCGAAAGAAGCGUGCCAUCACGCUGGGCACCCUGGAGAUAGCCAUUCCUCAGUCUGUUCUUCAGCAAAUCAUGUCCGACUCUUCAACACAAUCUGCGAUCGUACAGAAUCUGAUUGAUGCCAUUAGGACGGAGACGGGCACCACUCUUAGCAUCUCAGCGGGGCAGAUUUUCCUCGUCACCACACCGGCUCCCUCCACGGAUCCUACUGUGACCAGCACCUCUCAGUCCUGGGUCAUUCCUGUGGCAGUAGUGGGGGCAGUCCUCGGAGUCAUCAUCAUCAUAAUCAUCAUCCUCAUCCUCAUCAAAAUGAAUAAGAAGAACAAAGUCAAUCCGGAUGAUCGACAAACGAACCCUCUCAAUAAUCCUUCUCAUCCAAUGAAUAACCCCAGUCAACCGCAGCAGCAGGUGAUUGGUCAGAAUCCCAGCCAACCCACGGGAGGUCAAGGGUCGAAUCCUCCCCCUGCUCAGGAGGAGCAAAACACAAACAGAUAACCACGCAUCCCCCAGGAGAUACAAUGUACUGAACAAGUAUAUGCUCAAAAUACCAUAGUGAUAGUGAAAUUUUAGGUUUUUUUUAUUACAUUGUGUAUGUAUGUUAUGUUUUGUGCUGCAUUUUCUUGAUAGGGAUGUGGACAUUUAUAAUAUCAACAUCAUCUGUUGUCGACUAUUUAUGAAUAUCAGACUUUAUUUAUAAAUCCGAUUUUUCUGCUAAUUUUGAUACAUUCCACAGAAUUGAGUUGUGUAAAUAUGACUGUCAGGGGAAUUGUUAUGCUGCAGUUAGAAUGAAUAUUCUAUAUUGUAUAUACUCACGAAAGUGAAUUUAGUAAUAAUUCACUAAUUAAAAUGUGCAUUAACGACAAAUCAAAUUUUGGGGAAAAAACAGCUUAGAGUAACAGAUGAACUUUAACUUCAAUUAUAAAAGAGGUCAGACACACAAUGCCGUGUGUCAAUAUUGAAUCAAAAUUAAAAACAAAAAACUAUCUUCAAUCAAAACUAGAGCUAUGCAUGAAUAGGCAUUUACGUAUAAACACAUUUUUAUAAAUAAAAACAAAUAUGAAUAAUAGCUAUUUACAUGUAAACAACAGACACUUACAUGAAACAAAUAGACACUUGCACGUGAACAAAUAAACACUUAUAUGUAAACAAAUAGAAAUAAUGGAAAAUUUGACUCACAAAUCAAAGCAAAUGCGGCAAGCUAGCAGAUGUUUUGUACUUAGAAGUGCUUUAAGAGAAACACAAUUAAUAAUAUAUUUGUCGGGAUUAGCUGACCUUUGAAUGGCCUUGGCGAAAUUGGUGAGAAAAUAGCUGUGAUUGAUAUAGACUGUGUUCUCCUUGCUGUCACUGUUAAGGGGUUCACUGUAUGUAGAUUCUACUGGUUUAUCAUUAAUUAAAUUCAUGCAGAUGCUGUUAAUUAUAAUGUUGGCAAGUAGAUCAUCCCACACUAACUCUCGUGGGUAUACAGUGGGUAUACAUUUCUUGGUUUUGUUUCAAACAAUUCAGUUCGAAAGUUUUCAUGUUCAGAAAACAUUUCUUGUUUUAAAUAUAAACGCGAGUAAAUUUCUCAAAACUGAAUUUGAAACUUGUCACUUUUGUCUCCAGUAUAUUGUGGUAAAACAGGAUUUUUCUAUGCUACAUAUUAAAUCUAAGUAGUUUAAAGUUAACAUACGUACAGUUUGGAAAUAUACAGGAGAAUCCAAAAAUAGAUCAUGAUAAAAUAGAUGAACCUUUAUAUUCGUAUACACUGGGGAACAAUGGCGACCCACGUCAUAUAAUUUCCACGUUAUUUGUGUAGAUAUAUACAGGUGUAUAAAUAUAUCUAGGUGUAUUGUAUGGAUAUCUUCAGGUGUAUUGUAUAGAUAUUUCAUAGCAUAUUGUAUAGAGAUUGUAUAUAUAUAUAUAUACACAUAUUGUUUAGAAAUCUUCGUCAGCUUCACAGCUUACACGUUAAACAAAGCUCCGUCCAUUACAAGUAUUGUUUAUGUCAUGUUAUUGUCUUUCUUGUCUCCAAUCGUUACCUAGUAUUUUGUUUUUAUCACGUCUUUCCUGUCUCCAAUCGUUACCUAGUAUUUUGUUUUUAUCAUGUCUUUCCUGUCUCCAAUCGUGACCAACUAUUUUGUUUUUAUCAUGUCUUUCCUGUCUCCAAUCGUGACCUAGUAUUUUGUGUUUACCUUAGUAUACUAUUUUAUCAUCUAGCUUUAUAUUUCUAUGAAUUGAUAGGUAUUGUUUACAGUAUUUUGUAAAUAUUUUAUAUUUUGAUUUUAGACUACAUUCCAGCGCUUAUGUUAUUAAUCAUUUAGAAUAGUACGUUACAUGUAUGACUUAGUUUCAUCGGUUGAAGUAACAGUGACAUAGUGUAUAGGAGAUAUCGGGCGAUACAUUCAUGCCUUCUGUUGUUGAUCGUCAGUCCAUUCUGAAGAGUGUGCUGCUCAGUAUGUCUUGUUUACCUGAGUUGAUUAUGAAAAACUACAUCAAAUUUACUUCACAUGGAUAUGGUUAUAAAUAAGACAUUAAAGAAUUAUUAAGAUGUGUUGUAAUCAAAGGAAGAAACUGUAAGCAUGGGUAUAGCAGGCACGUAGCCUCAUGGAGAGAGGGCGGCAGGAAUUUUCUAAAGAUUCUUGACUAGCAAAACAUAAGCCUUUAAAAUCUAUAAGUGGGGAAGCACUUUCACUCCAAGGUUCUUACAAAUCUGACGGAAAAUCAAAUCAAAGGUUUAAAAUAUUUCAAUGGUGGUGGUGGUGGUGGUGGUGGUGUGUGUGUGUGUGUGUGGGGGGGGGGGGUGGCAGCAUUUGAUUUAACAAUUAUCUGAAAAUUAAUGUUCUUGCCGAACAAAAAAGUAGACGUUUUUGUUAAAAUCUUUCAUCGUGUGAGAGAGGUGAUACAUGUUGGCCCCUUUUCAUUACAUGAAUUUAGUUCAUCAGAUCACGCAUACAUCUUUACUGUGAACAUUGUUAUAACGUCAGUCCUUUGAUCGUUCUGUCUUAAGAAUUCACCUUUGCUUGUACGAUAUCAAUUAUAAUGUCAGACUUGUUAGGUAUUGUCUGAUAUCCCUCACAAUUGGACUGUCAGGUUAACCAACAAAUGAAAUGUGAAGCGGGAGACUUUAAGCCGAAUGCAGGUCUGUAUGAAAUGUGUUGAAUAACCGACCUUAAAAUGUCUGACAUUGUUUUCACACAUAAGUGUAUUCGGCAGAUAUCCAAUAUUCCAAUAUCAAAUGGGGAGUGCGCAAUCAGUCAAUAUGUCUUACUUUGCAUGUGUCAAUCACUGACUUCGCUCGUACAAAUAAUGAACAAUGUCAAAAAGACCCCCUCUGCCACCCUCUCUCCUCUUUUUUUCUCGCUACGUGCCUGUGUGAAUAGAAACUUAGAGUGAUAGAUCUAACUGCGACAGAAAUUAUGUAAAAUGCAUUGAUACUGUGUAUAUAACAAGAGAAAGGAGCAUACUAUAAACGUUUACCUCACUG